AUGCGGCUCCUGUUGAGCGUCCUGUAUCCCGUCCUCUCCCUCACAGUCUUCGGAUUAUAUCCCUCCAUGACUAUCGGCCCAAAGGAGGGCUGGCAGGUGUACAGCUCUGCCCAAGAUGCUGACGGGCGCUGUAUCUGCACAGUGGUGGCACCAGAACAGAGCCUGUGCUCCAGAGAUGCCAAGAGCAGACAGCUACGCCAGCUAUUGGAGAAGGUGCAGAAUAUGUCUCAGUCCAUUGAGGUGCUGAACCUGCGGACUCAGAGGGAUUUCCAAUAUGUCAUGAAGAUGGAGAACCAGAUGAAGAGCCUGAGGACCAAGUUCAGACAGAUUGAGGACGACAGGAAAUCCAUCAUAGCAAGGAACUUUCAGGAGCUUAAGGACAAGAUGGACGAGCUGAAGCCUUUGAUCCCCGUGCUUGAGCAGUACAAGAUGGAUGCUGCGCUCAUCACCCACUUCAAGGAGGAGAUCAGGAACCUGUCGGCCGUGCUGACAGCCAUCCAGGAGGAGCUAGGGGCCUAUGACUAUGACGAGCUCUAUCAGCGAGUCCUGCGAUUGGACAGCAGGCUCCGCAGCUGCAUGGGCAAACUAACAUGUGGGAAAUUAAUGAAAAUCACUGGACCUGUAACAAUGAAGACAUCUGGAACCCGGUUUGGGGCAUGGAUGACUGAUCCUCUAGCAUCGACCAGAAACAACAGGAUUUGGUACAUGGACAGUUUCGCCAACAGCAAGAUCGUGCGCGAGUUUAAGACAAUGGAAGACUUUGUAGCCGGCAUCGUUUCUCGAACCUACAGUCUUCCAUUUAAAUGGGAGGGAACCAAUCACAUUGUGUACAACGGAUCGCUUUACUACAACAAGUACCAGAGCAACAUUAUUGUCAAGUACAGCUUUGAGACGGGCAGCGUGCUGGCCCAGCGAGCUCUGGAGUUUGCCGGCUUCCACAACAUGUACCCUUACACGUGGGGCGGGUACUCCGACAUUGAUGUCAUGGCGGACGAAUUGGGAAUGUGGGUCGUGUACGCGACCAAUCAGAACGCAGGAAAUGUUGUUGUCUCUCAGAUCGACCCUGACACCCUGCAUGUCCUGAAGACUUGGAACACGGAGUACUCCAAAAGGAACGCGGGUGAGUCAUUCAUGAUCUGUGGGACACUGUAUAUCACCAACUCCCACCUGUCAGGAGCGAAGGUUUACUACGCUUACUCUACCAAGACUUCAUCGUACGAGUACAUAGACAUUCCCUUCCACAACCAGUACUUUCAUAUCUCCAUGCUUGACUACAACCCCAGAGAGAGAGCAUUGUACGCCUGGAAUAAUGGACACCAAGUUAUAUUUAAUGUCACCCUCUUUCAUGUCAUAAAAACUGACGAUGACUCAUAG